AUGGAGCGGAAUCUGAGCAUUGAAAACAUGGCAGAGUUUACGAAAUUGUCCAAGGGUGAAUUUGAUGUCACCUUUAGAGUGUAUGUAAUUCCAUUCUCGCUGGGUCCUAUCGGAGGUCAGUAUUCUAUUAAUGCUGUUCAAAUUACCGACAGUGCCUACGUUGUUCUCAACGUGAGAAUAAUUGCUAGAGUGUCGUCAUCUAUAUGGGACGCAAUUGGACAGGCGGAUUUUGUUCGCUGCGUGCAUUCUGUUGGACGCCCUCGUCCAGUCAUGGCGAGCGUCAAAGAGACU